AUACCUCCAAGUUAUGGCCAGCGUAAUUAUUUCAGCUCCAUUUUUCUCACAUGCAACACAUUAUUAUUAAGAUAGCUCCACCACACGUACACUAGCAACAUGUUAUAGUCCCCGAAGUCCCUCAAGAAAUACGUUUAAUUAUAAAUUUGUUCCUGCUCUCUGAGACAAACACCACAAAGAUCAGAUCGAUCAUAGAGAAUAAUGGCGGUGGUGGAAGCUAAACCAGUUUCAAUAACAGAAGCAACAACACUUCCGGUCUUUGUGAAAGGAAGUUAUACUCCAACAACCACCACAAUUGAGCCAUCAAAUAAUUCACCUCCUAAACAAUUGUUUAUUGUUUGUCCGUCGGAACCAGGAACUUAUGAUGUUAUAUUGUUCUUUCCUGGUACCUCCCUUGGCAAUAAAAGCUAUUCUGACCUCUUUCAACACAUUGCUUCCCAUGGAUUCAUAGUUGUUGCUCCUCAGUUAUACAGCUUCUUGCCACCGUCUGGAAACACCGAAGUUGACUAUGCUGCACAGAUUGCAAAUUGGCUAUCCUCAGGGCUCCAAUCAGUUCUUCCGGAGAAUGUUGAACCCAACCUAGACAAUCUUGUUCUUUCAGGCCACAGUCGAGGAGGACAAACAGCAUUUGGUCUCGCACUCGGAUACGCCAAAACCCCCCAAGUAGUCCCUCAGUUUUCAGCAAUAAUCGGCAUAGACCCCGUCGCCGGGACAUCAAAAUGCACUGCACUCAAUCCACCUCUCCUCUCCUAUGACUCGUUCAACUUCUUGUCUUCCUCGAUGCCCGUCACAGUGAUUGGAACCGGACUGGGUGGCGUAACAAAGUGUGUGGCGUCCUGCGCUCCGGAAGGAGCCAACCACGAGGAGUUUUAUAACAGAUGUAAAUCUACUCGAUCUCAUUUUGUUGCUACAGAUUACGGCCACAUGGACAUGUUAGAUGAUCGUCCGGCGGAUUUUGGUUCCAGGGUAAUUUCAAAGUGUUUGUGCACAAAUGGAAAGUGUUCAAGGGAUCCAAUGAGGAGAUGUGUUGGUGGAAUUACGGUGGCGUUCUUGAAGAAAUUUGUUGAUUUGGACAGUAGUGAUGAUGAAUUUACUACGAUUGUGAAAAAUCCUUCUUUGGCUCCUAUAAGACUUGAUUCAGUGGAGUUCAUUAAAGGAUAAAAUCAUGCAUGUCCGAGUUCAUUGAUCCAUCUAUUAUUCUAUCAUACCACUAAUGUACUAUUCGAGA